AUGUGUUCGCACCUCCCACUUCCGCAAACCUCUCCAAGCAACGCUAUCGUGUGGGCUGAGUUGUUGCCGCAGCCUUUCUUCGCGCGCAGGGACCUACCAGCAAAAGGUGGCUGGAUAUGGUCGAAACCGGAACUCAUCGAUGAUGACACCAAGGUGGCCAAGCGAGUUGCAUGGCUGAACAAGUAUGGAUGUCUGACCAAGCCCAUCGACUGGGCAGAGGUGGCCGACCUGCUUGACAGCCUCAAGGUGGCCCACGCCAUGGUCCUCCUCAGAGAGCUGGAGAUGAAGGGCAACAAGGUAGCAGACCCAACUGGUUUCAUCAAGAAGGCGGUGGAACAGGCCGGUGGAGAUGAGGUCGACUUGGCGGGCACGGACUCUGGACAGUCAGCAGUGGCGGAGAGAAUCGAAGAGUUGAACAGUGGAGGUACGUUGUCGGCUCAGAUUGAUGCCACCUCCGUUGUGGACGGACUUGAAAGACUUCCAGAAGAAGACGCUUUGGGACUGCUGCAAGAGGUUGCAGACAAAGGUCCAUCAGUCAAAAAUCCGACUGCAUACAUUCGCUUCAAGCUCAAGGCACGCCUGGCAGUACUUGGGGUGUCCCUCGACGACGUCAGCGAGCACAGUAAGAUCUUGAAGCGCGUGGAGUGGCUGAACGACUACGGGGGCCUCCUUGAGGACAUCGAGUACAACAAGGUAGCCUCUGCCCUGGAGAGUGUUGGAUCGGAUGCCGCUAUGACGAUACUCAAGCAGCUGGAGGAUCAGAGUGCAGGCAUCGAUAACCCGACCGACUUCAUCCUACGUUCAACUCGGCAGACGAACUCCCGUGCAGGAAGCGGCAACAGCAAACCGACGAAAGCUACCCCCAGAGAUGCUCCGGUGGCCGAGGCGGCGAGCGCACGAGAGAGCACCGAGCCGGUCACACCACUCCAGGCACUCAACGACUUCAUGAACUUCCUGAACAAAGGUCCAGGCAAACGACAGAACGUCAAGCUUGCCGAGGUGGCUGGUGCUUUGGAAGCCUUGGGAACGAAGAGAGCAUGUCUUGAUGAUCCCGUGAGCUACAUCAAGGCCGCGGCGCAGCGACACGGCUUUACAGCAGUCAAAGCGGAAACUGCUGAGCCUGAGACUGCAGAAGACGUGGACGACGUCUCUAGACUCACAUCUCGCUGCAAGUGGCUGAACCAGUUUGCUGGCCUAGCACAACCCAUCAGCAUCGAUGAAGUGAUUGGUGCUCUCUAUUGCCUCGGCGUGCCUCAGUCGAUGUCCAUUCUCAGAGGACUUCAGGAGCGUGGUGCCAGCGUCCCGGACCCCACAAGAUACAUCAAGCAGGCUGUGCAGCGUGCCAAUACGGCCGUCUCCGCGGAGGCUGAGGCUGAAGUAAUUCUGGAUCCUGAGGAUAGUAGCCUCCACGCACCGUGGGUAGAGGAGGAGAUUGGGUGCGAUGGGGGAUUCAUCUCGACGCAUCUGUUGGAGGAGGAGGAGAUCUUCGAUUGGCCAGAUGAGUCAGAGCAGGCAAAUUGGUGGGACGACGAGGACCUCACAGCGGAUUUCGCGGCAGCAGUUGGCGACGAGAACGACGAGGCCUGGCUCGACUGGUCAGCCGCCGCUGCGCCUGCGCCAAAGAAGCCGCGCACUGACGCAUCCGAAGCCGCAGCAGCUGCGGGGCGGCGAGCGGCAGCGCGCCUUGCGGAGAAGAGGGAUGGGCCUCGCAGGGUUGUCGGCUCCGUGACCGGUUACUCACAGCUAGUGCCAUCCCGUGCGACUCUGAAGCGCAGCUACGAAGGUCUGGUCAAGCAGGAGAUCCGAGAGAAGCAGGAGCCCGAAGAGGAAGAUGCGGUCCCGUCGCGAGACCAGCUCGCCGGUGUGGCGGCAGUGAGCAAAGCCACCUUGCUGCCCAUGUCGCCUCAGGCAGUAGACGAAUUCGGCAGUUUCAUGAUAUUGUGUCUCCUUGCUAGUGACGCUAGUACACUGAUGGAGGUGAAGGUGCAGAUGCUACGAGAAGAUGAUGCAGGCUGCCGGGCCUUCUUCCUUUAUGCAGCAUCGAAGCAUGCCCUGUACUUAGACGAGCAGUGCUCUGACCUUACGACACGCAUUAAGGCGCUUUCGCGCUUGCCGUUCUACCGAGCCAAAGAUCUCAUCGAGGAGGACGGCAGCGGCAAGGCGUCUCAAACCCUUCCCGGCGUGGAGCAGGCCUGGGCCCGGCGAUGCCAUGCUUCUGAGAGCCUUGUGCAUUGGCGACUGCCGACAGCUGUCGCAGAAGAGACGGUGUAUCGAUGCCAGGGCAUCGCCAUGGAGAUGGCA